CCCACCCUAAGCUAUCAGCUUUUUUUUUUACUGCUGUAAACUGUUAGCCAAAACAAAACAAAAAAUAUUUUAAAUAGCUGAAUCAUUCCUUUGCACACCGCAAAAAGAAAGAAAAAAAAAGAAGAGGGAAAAAAAAACAAUAAGCAGCCCUCGACGCAGCCUUGAACAUAAACAAACAGUUAAAGAAACUGUAGACGGGUCAAUGCUGACAAACAGUAAAGUGGUUUCGAGUCUUUUACGGAAAGGUAAUUUAAUAUAAGUUAUUAUAAGGCCCAUAAAUAUUUAGGCCUAGGGCCAGUAGGCAGUAGGGCAUUGCCUUGGCGUAGCUGUACAUGACAUACAUAGCUGUACAUGACAUACAUAGCAUAGUCACAUAGGCAUAGGCAUAAAAUAGGCCAUGCCAUAGAAGUUUAGCUAACUAUAUAGAAUAUAGUAUAUAUUUCAUAGCCUAAUCUAAUUUAUAAUGCUCCAUACAAUUUUUAGCCAUAUGAUAUGACAUAAUAAUAUGAAUAAUAUUGAAUAUGAUGAAAAUGAUGAAUUAGAAUUAAUAUGCCAUAAUAAUAAUAAUAAUAUGAAUAUGAGAAUAUGGGCCAUAAAAUAAUAACGCUAACAGUAACAGGUUAAUGAAUGACUGACGCAUUGAAGUAUAAUUAUUAUUAAUUAUAAAUAUUACAAUAUUAGUAUUACUAAGUAUAGGUAGUUUGGUAAGAUCCGGGAAGUGCCGAAAACCGGGUAUCGUGAUUUCGUUGUCAAAAUGGCGACCUCCACUUUUUAAUUUACCGAGAGUCACGUUGUUUACGACUUUUUAACUAUAUAUAGCCUAGCAUGUUAAUUCUAUUUCCGCCCACAACUUAGAGUAGACAUGUUGUGUUAUGAUUAGACACUUGAGUCCCCAAAAAAAUUUUGGGGCUUCACUUUGAAAAUUGAAGGUAAAAUAACGCAAUUUUUACUCAUUCAUAUUUUUUGUGUGGAAAGGAUCCUUUCUUUGAAUUUCAGGGAUAUAUAUAUAUACUAUAUAUACAUAUAUAAUAUAUAUGUUUGUAUGUAUAUAUAGAGGCCUAGAAUAGUAUUACUAUUAUAAGUGUAGGCCUAUUCCGCCCCCCCCCCCCAAAAAAAAGAAUUAUUUGUAGGACCCAUUAUUCAUAUGUUGUUGUUCGUCCGCCGAAGUCGACAAGGACCAUCGAAUCAUCCGGGUAGGGGCGGGCGGGGGAGGUUGGGAUUACGGUGAGCUCUUAGGUGGCUUGUUAGACCGAUCCUUGCUCGGAAUAAUCUAUCACACCGUGGGCAUAGAAUAGUUGCUUCACGUGAUGACCUAAUGUUGCUCUUUCGGACAAACCUGCGUGUCUCAGCUGUGGUUAUUCUCUUAGCUUCAUGGGAUUUAGCCCCCUUCUUGACAGCAGCUCUCCAUCUGGCUCUGUCCUGGGCUGUCUGCAUCCAUUGAGUAGGGUUUAUGCUGAAGGCCUUUAGUGCCACUUUCAGUGAGUCUUUGUAACGCUUUCUUUGGCCUCCUUGGGAGCGCUUGCCUAUCGUGAGUUCUCCAAAGAAUAUUUGUUUCGGGAGCCGGUGGUCUGCCAUACGGGCUACGUGUCCCAUCCAACGGAGCUGAGACUGCAUCAGAGUGGUGAAGAUACUAGGUAGGUUCGCUCUAGCGAGGACCUCGGUGUCGGGGACUUUGUCUUGCCACCUGAUGUCGAGGAGUUUCCUGAGGCAGGUAGUGUGAAAAUGAUUCAGUUUCUUGGCGUGACGCUGGUAGACAGUCCACGUUUCACAUCCAUAAAGCAGUGUCGGGAGGACUGCUGCGCUAUGUAAUGAUAUAUAUGGUGAUUCUUAAGGCAUAAAUUAAGUAAAAAUGUACAAAAAAAUUUCACUAACCUUUGGUAUUGAAAUAUCCUAUAUUUAAUCACAUAUCACGCUAUUCCAAAAGAGAAUUAUUAUAUAAUCCUCAGUAUUCUCAAAGAAAAAACACACUUUCUGCCACAAUAAUCCAAGAAUUACAUGAGAUAUUCUAAAAUUUAAUAAUAAAACAUUGUAAUUACCUCAAGCAAAUAACUAGAACUUAUUAAAAAUUCUAUCAACAGCCAGAGUUGAUUCUAACAAAAAAUGUUGAUCUUUGAAACAACUUUACUAACUUAAAAUAAAUGACUUACUAUUUUUUGUCAUAUUCACACAUUCAUAUGGUAUGGGACUAAAGUACAUUACCGGUAUAUAGAAAAUGGUAAAAUAAAAAGUGUAAUAGUCAAUUUUAAUUUAUUGAAACAAAUAAUCUCUUUAUUAUUAGUAUAUACUUAUAAAUUUUAAACAAUUCCACAGAAAAUUUGAAAUUAAUAUCUUAAGAAUGUUUUAUUAUUAUUAUGAUUUUUGGGAAAUUGAAAAAAAAUAUUUAUACAUAAUUAAUUAAUUAAUUACAAAUAAGUGACGAGUCAGCAUAUUUUAUAUAUUUUUAAUAGGAAAAUAAUAAAAGAUUUUUUAAAUAAUUUUUGCGGAAUAUUAACAAAAACUAACUUAUAUUUUGUGGUUUUAUUUAGAAGUGUUCUAAUUAAAAUAUGUUCCCUGUAAAUAUUAUAUUUUUGUAUCAUUUUAUAAUAAAGUUAUAGGCCUUAAAAAAAAUCAAAAUGAGGGUCACGAAAUGUGGAGGAAAAUCCCAUUAGUAAAAAAGUGCCUUUGAGGUCCCUACUAAAAAAUUUAUAACUUUUGAACCACUUGAGCUAGAAAGUUGAUCUUGGUGUUUUUGUAAUCUAUUCUCCAGGCUCUAUACACCUGUAGUAUUUUUAUAUUUUAAAAAUGUUUUGAAAUUUAAUCAAAGUGCCUACUUACCUGCCCUAGGUUACUAGGUUGCAUAAAAAUUAAAAUACUAAAUUAUGGCACAUGACAUAAUGACAUAAAUAAUAAAUAGGCUAGUCGGCUAGUGGCUGCUAGGCCUAUAAAUUAUUCAGAAUUCACUUCUUUUAAUCACUUAAUCAUAAUUUUAAACUUAAAUGUAUCUCAGUCUUAGAUUGUUAAAGUUAAAUAAUUUACUAAAACUAAAACAAUUUGUGGGUAAUCCCUUUAGCAUGAGUAAUUAUUUGCUUUCUCAGUCACUGAGACUAAACUAAAAAGUAGAAAAUGGAAAAUUUAAUUAAAAAAAGAUUUGCUUUUAAAGUCUUUCUUUGCAAAAUGCAUUUUAAGAUAUUUUAAAUUAUUUUCUACUUUUUAAUGCUUUUUUUAAAAUCAUUCUUAGAAGUAGUUUUUUUUUAAAGUUAUUUUUACAAUUAUUUUUUAUUGGUGUGGACUUUAUUUUGAUUUUCUGUGUUUUCUUAUGGUAUGGCAUGGAAGGCUUUUCUAACUUCUAAAUAAAUCACACAUAGCUUUAAAUAAGUUUGAAGGUUGUUCAUUUUGUUAAUGAGGAAUGUGAAGUUUUUUUCUAAUGGAUAGAUUUUUUACGUUCAAUGCCAUUAAAGUUUUUUUAUUAUUACUGGAUUAGUUGAAUUUAUUUUCAUUCCAUUUUUUUGGACCCUGAGAGCAUAUAAGACUAAGUCAUAGAAAUACUUGUUCUGAAAAUAGUAAUUAUGUCGUUACUGAUACUGGCUUUAAGGUUAAUUUUUAAGUUUAUGUUAUGUACAUUAUUAUGCUAUUAGGGCCUGAUUAUUAUUUUCAUUAUAUGGGCCUAGAGUAGGGUGACCAAACGUCCCGUUUUUUCACGAUUGUACCCGGUGUCCCGAAAAAGUCUCUCGGGAUGCCCAAAUGUCCUGUUUCUAAAACCAAACACAUUUCAAAUCACUAAAACUUCCUAAUUUAUAAUAUAACUUCAAGUAAUAUUUUGGCUAGCUAUGUAGCCAGUGCCAGUAGUGAUGUGGGCUUGGGUGAUGGCUGCAUUUAAUUUGUUGUGUUGAAUUAUGUUGUAAAAUACGCAUCAAUAAAUAAGUAUUCACUGCAAAAUUAUGGUUUACGUUUAUGACAUGCCUUAGAGUUUAAAUUAAAUUACAAAAGUGAAGGUGAAUUUUUAAAAAAAUUUUUAGGCCUCCAAACAGUUAAAAUAAGCAUAUUUCAAACAACAGAUUCCGGCGGGAGGCCCCCGGAUCCCUCUUUAGCUGGAGGGUAUCCCCCAACUCUUUGGGUGUGUCCCGUUUUUUUCCAGUUCAUGAUUUGCUCACCCUAGCCUAGAGUAAAGUAUAGUCAUUAUGCUAUAACUAUAGGUCUACUGACACUCAUACUCAUACCACACUUAAUGCACAAUUAGCUCUGGUUACUCUAAUCAUACUCACAUUUGAAGUCCUCUUAAAUUAGACCUAUGCUUUCCCUCAAUCUGAAUCUUAGGCAUUUGAUAAUUUAUCUGAUGAUGUUUAUCCAUACAAGCCACUUCCUCACUAUGCAUAGACUACCAAAAACUCUAUUAAAAAAAAUCCUGUACUGUAUUUUUUUUUAACACAUAUAUAUUAUUUGUGUGUGUGCUAAGCAUAUUUUCCCAGUUUCAAUGUCUGGACUUGUUAACCAUAAGCUGUCUGUUAAUAUCACACCGCAAAAUGUAACUGUGCUAUUACGUCUGUUUCUGCUACUGGGUGUCAGUUUGUCUUUUCUUUAGCAUAAAUCUAUAAAAUUCCAAGAUAUUCCUUUUAAGAUUUAAAGUGCCGGUAUCUAUAUUUUAUAAUUUAUAGUGAUACAAGUUACUCUGGGAUUCUGCAAGAUUUCAUCAACGCCUAAAAUUAUCUGCCACACCAAAAUGAAAGUAAAACUAUUACCAGCCCUUGAGGACAAUUAUAUGUACCUCAUCAUUGAUGAGACAUCCAACCAGUGUGCUGUUGUUGAUCCUGUUGAGCCAGACAAGGUUAACCAUUUUGUUUUGCAUUUUCAAAUUAUGUAUAUCUAUUAAUAUUAUUCAACCACUGAAGAUUUUUUUUAACCAAAAAGUUAUAUGUGACCAUUAUAAUAUUCAUUUAAAGAAUUACAUACUUGCUCAAUUUUUUUUUGCAUUCGGCAGUAAGUAUUGUUUUAGAGGACUUUUUAAAACAUAACAAUAAAAUGUAUAUAUGUAAUAAGGUAAGUGUGUAGCAGAUCAUUUCUUUAAAACAAAACUUAAAAAUCAAUUAAGACUGACUUUGAAAUAUUUAAUGGGCCUUUUUUUUUCAAUUUAAAAUUGAAAUUCAGGUUGAAGAAGCUAUUCGGCAAGAUGGACUAAAUCUGACAACUGUUCUCACUACACAUCAUCAUUGGUAAAAUUUUAUAGAAAUUCAAAUUUCACAUCAUUUUUUUUUUAAACAUAAUCAUAAGCUGAUCAUUUUUAACUAAAGCAGUAACAAUGGGUUGUCCCACAAACCCAAAGUGUGCCCUGAACUGCAAAGAUUCUUGAAAUUUUCAUUUUAAAGAAUAGUAGGGCCUAAAGUUAAUGGUACUACAUAUUCUUGUUUUCCAAAUGGGAAUGUUAGAAGAAAUAAAACACCCAAACAAGGGUCUCCGAGAUAUUGUAACAGCAUGCAGAUUGAUCCUUGCCCUAUCACCCAGGUAAAUACAGUUAACUUCUGCUAUUAAAAAGAUAAAUGAAACAUGCAUUGUAUUUUAUGUGAUAUCUCUAUAGCUAGUUAUUUUGAUCGAAUUGUAAUGUAAAUACAAAGUCAUGUUAAAACAUCUUUGUUAUAUUUUUUUUCUCACUAUGUUAUCAUGUAUCUUCAUUUUUAAUUUAAAAAUAAUUCCUUAAAAUUAAAAAUCUUAUGUAUGUUGAUAAAAUUAAAUUAAAAAAUUGUGUCUGGUGUCUAGCCUAUGAUUGUGGCCAUUUUAUCCCUUUCGGCCAAGUUUCGGUUUUGGCCGAAACUGAAAAUUUAACUUUUGGCUUAAUUUCGGUUUCAGCCGAAAGAGAAAAGUUGACUUUCUGUUUUUCUUCGGUUUCGGCCGAAAGUAACUCAGGUUUUCGGUCAUUUAAUACUCAGCGAAAGCGAUAUUUAACAACAAACUAAGCGACAUUUAAGAAGAAAUUAAUCGAUUCUUGAGAACAAAUUAAACGGUAUUUAACAACAAACUAAACGACCUUUGUGAACAAACUAAACGACCUUUAAAACAAACUAAGCAAUCUUUAAGAACUAUCUAAGCGAUUUUUAAUAACAAACUAAACGAUCUUUAAGAACAAAUAAAGCGAUCAUUAACAAAAACUGGACGAUCUUUAACAACAAACUUAGCGAUCUUUAUGAAAAUAAGCGAUUUUAACAACAAACAAAGCAAUCUUUAUGAACAAACUAACCGAUCUUUAAGAAAAAAUAAAGCGAUCAUAAACAAAAACUGGACGAUCUUUAACAACAAAUUAAGCGAUCUUUAACAACAAACUUAACGAUCUUUAACAAUAAACUAAGCGAUCUUUAACAACAAACUAAACAGUCUUUAACAACAAACUAAGCGAUCUUUAAGAACAAAUUAAGCGAUCUUUAAGAUAAACUUAGCGAUAUUUUAGAACAAACUAAGCGAGCUUUAUGAAAAAACUCACCGAUCUUUAAGAACAAACUAACCGAUCAAUAACAACCAACUAAACGAUCUUUAAAAACAAAUUAAGCAAUCUUUUAGAACCACAAUCUUUAGAGACCGGGUUUAAAAAAAUAAUAUUUUGCAUUAAUCCCCCCCCCCCCCCCCCCCAAAUUUUUUCCAAAUUUUCUCAUAACAUAUUAAUUUUUAAAGAUUGUAAAGCAAUUUAAAUUACUUUUAUAUUAAAAUGGUAAAAUCCAAAGUAUUCAUUAGAUCAAGGGUCUCAAACUCAAAUUAUCAAGGGGGGGGAGGGAGGUGCGGGGAGAGGUAGUGUCUGAAUGAGAGUGGGCCGCAACAAGUAAUCCACAAAAAAGCGAUUACAACUGUUACAAUCUGCUCAACCUUAAUAAAUAACAAUAAAAUCAUCAAGGGUUCUCAAGAACUAGGAUUCACUUUCAUCCACCUACUCACUUUUGCAUACAAAAAUAUAUAGAAACACAAAAAAAAAAGAAUCAGAAUUAGACUAGUCGGUGAGAUCCGACUUAAACCGUCGCAGAGAGUCACGUUAUAGAUAUGAGAAUGGGGGAAACGGGCCGGCGCAUUUACACUAAACUUUUCUGUCAUGUAGCGGGCCGCAAAAUAUCGUCUUGCGGGUCACAAAUGGCUCACGGGCCACGAGUUUCAGACCCCUUUAUUAGAUCUUUCUUUAUUAAUACUCACGAUUAUCUAAUUUUUAUAAAAAGAAUGUAAAUAUUUUUACUUUCCCACAUCAUUUUCAAUGCAUGCAGAAUGUAUGCAGGAACGAAUUUCAAAAUAUCUUAACAUUUCGGUUUCGGCCGAAAUUCAUUUUUAACUUUCUGCCUUUUUUCGGUUUUGUCAGAAAAUCACUUUCGGUCGGUCUCUACUACCAAUAACCACUUUUAUGUACAGAUACACUGUUUAUACAAAUUCAUACAUCUUUCUGUUACUCAACUGGUACAAUUCACACUAUUUUGGCGGAUAUUUUUUCUUCUAAGUUAUGUAAUCAGUCACUGAACAUGGAUAGUCAACAUUCUCAGACCUUAAAUUAAUUUCUUACAGAUUUUAUUCAAUUGUACUCUGCAGAAACAAAAAUAAUUUUAAAAACAGUUUGACCAAAUAUAAAUUAAAAAAUAAAAACGGCAAUGACAAAGUAAGGAAUUAAUGUUUUUAAAGACUUUCUUUCUACUCGCAUUGCUGUCAAUCCUAAUUGUUUUGUUACCUAUCGCUCAAUUGCUCAGAUGCGUGAGGCUGAUGAGUUGUGUGAGGCUGAUGAGUUGUGUCAAAAUAGUAUCUGCUUCUUUCAGUGAAUGGCAGGAGAAGGGUGGGUAGGGGAGCUCAUAUGGCAGCUGUAGGAUUUUGGAGAUUUAAAAAAAAAGUAAAUACAAAUAAAUAAUUUGGUCAAUAUACAGAUUAAAAAGUAGCAAAUACAAAAUAUUUUUAUUUACAUAAUACAUUUUAAGAAAUUUAAAAUUAUUUUCUACUUUUUAGUGGUUUAAACUAUCUUUGAUAGAAAUUCUAUUUUUUAAAAAUAUUUUUUGUCUUUUGCUGACCAUCUUUUUUAUGUUUAACUUGUUCUUCAAGUGGAAGGCUUAAUGUAUUAUUGAUACUUUUUUGAACAGGGAUCAUGCAGGUGGAAAUGAACAGUUAAUUAAAGCUGUAGGAAAAAAAGAAGUAGUUGGUGGUGAUUCCAGAAUCGGCGCCCUGAACAGGAAGGUAACUCAUGGAGAUGAACUCAAGGUAAUCUUUUCAUUACUUUAGUUUGAGUACCAGUAGUGUAAGUUGUGUUUGAUGGCAUUCUUGUUUGAGUAGUAUAAAUUGUAAGUGUUUGAUGGUUUUCUUGAGUAGUAUAAUUUGUGAUUGAUAGCGUUCUUUGAUUAGUGGAAAAAAAUGCUAUUAGAAUUAACAUUUAUUGAUAAUUGACUGCUUUUUGGAGGGGGGGGGGGAAUAAAAUUUACAUAUUUCUCUAUUAAAGAUCAAAAUAGACUGAGUAUUCAUUCCCCAAGUCUAAUUUAAGAAAAUUAAUUGUUUAGAGUGUCAAAUUUAAAUGGCUUUGACCCUGUUUGCAGUUCUAUUAAUUUAUUGUGGAAAAAAAAAAAAAAGCUUAAUAAUUACAAUCAAAUAAUUGUUCCAUCCUGUAGAUUGGUAACUUGAAUGUAAAAUGUCUGUUUACACCUUGUCACACUUCUGGUCACAUAUGUUAUUAUGUGACAGGACCAUCUGGAUCAGAACCAGCAGUGUUUACAGGUUUGAUAUGGUUGUAGUAUAGUAAAAGCUUUCAUUAAUUAAUUGAUAUUUCAUUGUUUUUCUGACCUUUUUUUAUUUUUAAUCUAUUGUUUUUAAUAGAUUACAUUUAGCAAUAUUUUAGAUUAUUAAAUUCAACAUUAUGCUUUCAUUAAAGUCAUGAUAAUAAUAAUGUAUAUGCUUAUUUAUUCUUACUGGUAGUAAAAAAAACGCAAAUUUUGAUAAUCUGUCAGCUACUUUAUAAAAAUCAAUGCAAAGGGAUAUAUUUUAAAUUGUCUAAAAUUAGGUGACACCCUAUUUGUAGCUGGAUGUGGCAAAUUUUUUGAGGGCACUCCAGAUCAAAUGUACUCAGCCUUGGUAGAAAUACUGAGCUCUUUGCCACCUGAGACGGUAUGUGUUUUUCUUCAUAAAUGUAUUAUUAUUUGUAGCCUGCUGUUUAUGAAAUAUAACUACGAACAGGUUAGCAGAAAUACCUUCAAAAAGUGUGAAUAUCGACUUAUGCUCUUCUUCCAAAAACUAGCUGAAAUUGCUUAGUAGAUUUUCAACCAUUCCGUAUUCUUUUGUUUAGCUGUUUCUUAUAGCUUUAAAAUUUUAAUAUUUACAGUUGAUAUUAGUUGAUAGCCUUAUUUUAUUUAUUCUUAUAGAGAGUUUACUGUGGACAUGAAUACACAGUUAACAAUCUAAAGUUUGCUGCGAGUGUUGAGCCUGACAAUAGAAGAAUUACUGAGAGGCUGAAUCUGGCAAUAGUAAGUUAAUUCUAGAGAUACUGUUUAUCAGUUCAUAUACUUUUUAAAAAAAUUGUUCAAUGAACAUUUAACUUGUUAAGUUUAAGGAUGUAAUAUCUUUACUCCCAUAUACUUCUAAAGUUUACAAUGUCAAAAAUAAUAACCACAGGAUUCUGUUCUGUAGACCAUUAAGAUCUGGCAUCACGGGCAUUAACCUUAAAUUGUGUAUACCGGUAUUGUAAUUGAAGUAAAUAUUUAUGUUUGAUGAACACAUGGUACCAUUUUUCUGGCAUAAAUAUUUAUCUAGCAACUGUUACUAAAGAACAAAUUUUUUUCAUUACAGAAACAAAGACAAAAUGGAGAACCUACUAUUCCUUCAACUAUUAAAGAGGAGCUUUCAUUCAAUCCCUUUAUGCGAGUAAGGUAGGUAAAGUUUUGCUAUGGUACCAGAUAAUAAAAAUGUGAGUGUUCUUCUUCAUAGAUAUAGCGUGGAAUGAUUUCCUUUAAUUUUGAAGUCAUCCAUAACUUUCAACCCGAGGAUUCCCCCCCCCCCCCCCCCCCAAGAAAGUAAUUAAGCUGAUGUCCUGUCCGUUCGUUCACCAUACAAAUACGCUACAGUAAAUUAAAACUAAAUUAAAACAUUACUAAAAAUCCCCCCCAUUUCCUUAAAAAAUUUGUCAAGAGUCUUGAUUUGCUUAAUUUUUCAAUUUUUUAAAAUAAUUAAGUAAUCUCAUUAAAAAAAGUAAAUAAAAAAGAUCCUGGAGACAGUGAUAUUUCUGUACUCAGUUUAUAUUAGUUACAAGUAUAUUCCUGAAAAGUGAAUUAACUCAGUUUUGCAAUUGCUUUACAUUUUGUAAAAGUAAAAUAUUUUUUAAGCUGCUAAAUAUUAUUGAUAUUUAGGAGAAAUGCAUCUAGAAAUGAAUAAGGUUAAAUAAAAAUAUAGCAUGAACGAUGAACAAAUCAAGAGGAAUGACCAAAAAAUCUAUUUUUGGCAACUCGGAUAUGCUAGAUAUAUAUAUAUAGAUACAUUGCACUAAAGCAAGCAUAGAUUGAAAGUGAAGCAAGAUAAAAAAAAAAAAAAAAUUUUUUUAAAUAGAAAUCACGGGUAGUCUCAAAUUCGUCAGAACCCCUGAAUGGCGCAUUUAGUAAAAUGAAUUAAGUUUAGACAAUUUUCAUUUUUCUACGUAAAUUAUAAUCUGUAAUUCUUUUUUUUUCAUUUACAGAGAAGCUUCAGUACAGCAACAUGUGAAACAAACUGAUCCAAUUAAAGUUAUGGGAGCUUUAAGAACUGAGAAGGAUCAUUUCAAACCAUCUUAAAGAUCCUUCAAGCAUGCUCAAUAUUUAAAAAAAAUUAAUAUUCUUUUUGAGGUUAAGAUAUUUCAUAUGGUUUGUGAUUUUUUUUCAAUGGAUAAUGAUUUUCUAUCAUAGAAAUUAAAUAUAUAAUAUUCUAAAUUUGAUGUAAAUUAAUUUUCUCUAUAAAUAAAUGUGUCUGUGGUGUCCCAAUAACUAUAUACCUUUUCUUUUAACCCACGAACUGUGGUCGGCUGGAAAAAUCAUCAGACUUUCUCGUUCUGUACUGUGGCGGCCAAAAAAAUCGACAGAUUAAAAAAAACGGUCCGAUAGCAACUUCCAAUCCAAUAUUUAGCCGGAAUUAAAGCCACUUCCUUUUAUUAAUAAUUAAAUUAUCUUCCGGUUCAAGGUGUUUCGUGAUAACUUGAAAAUAAAUAAUUUUUAAUCGGAGUUUUAUAUCGCUGUUUUUUUAAAAGCUAAAAUGGUUGAAGCCAUGGCUGGGCCUUCAGUGCAAGAACUAAUAGAAAUAUGUUUGAAAGCAUUUUAGGAGAGGUUUUAAGUGAUACUGAUGAUGAUUUUAACAUUCCCCAUGGCGAUAUCAGUUGAGAUUAUUCUUCUUGUGAAUUUUAUUCUAAUCUUAGUGAUACUGAAGUAGGUCUACUGAGGCUACUGGUAAACUUCGAGCCAGGCCCGGAGGUUGGGCAAGGACUGACUGAAUUUUAGUCACAGAAGCUACAGAUUAUUAUAGUUCAUAACUAAUAAAUUUUAUAGAUAAAACAACCCAAAUCAGUUCCACAGUUCCUUUUUAAUGUUUACUAGUCAAUAAUAACUAUUUUUCCUGAGAUUUUGUGCUUGGUUUUAGCAGUGGUCCCAGUUUCUUAUAUAAAUGACCUAAAAUAAUUACUAAAAUUGCUUUCAGAGGUUUAAUUUCAAUCAAAACCUUAGCAAACUUUACAUUUUCUUAAAGAUAAAUGAAUUGGCUACAACAUUUAGAUUUUUUUUUAAAGUGUCUCUAUAAAAAUUAAUGAUGUUAUGAGCACUUGAAAGCAAGACAUUAUGUCGAUUUUUUUUUCUUGAGAACUGCAAGGUCAAGGACACAGCAAAUUAAUUUUUUACGGGAUUGGGCAAUUUGGCCAACUUUAUACCCAUCCAUUUACCUUUCUAAAAAUAUACACUUAUAGGGGUAUUGUGUCAAUAUUCUAUGUCAUUUAACGCUCUGAAAAACUCCACACCACAGAAUGAUGCAUGUCACAGUUCGUCGGUUAAGAUUGUUUAUUCAAUUUAUAGAAUUCUACUCAAAAAAUCAUUGGCACCAUUCAUAUAAAGUAUUCAGUUUCCUGCAGAUAAUGCUCUAUAUUGAAAUACUACAUUUGAAUGACGUAGAUAUAUAAUUUAGAUAAUGAAAUAAUUAUUUAAAAGGCAAAAUGUUAUAAAAUAUUUAAUAUUGUAAGGAUCAAAAAGUUUAAACAGCAUAUUCCGUAUUUGAAAUGGUAUUUUUAGUUUCACAAGAUUAUUGUAAGUCAAUUGUUUAGAUUUGUGCACACAAAAAUUCUAAUAAUUAAUAACAAAUAAUUACACUUUUUAGUUAAAUUUUUUAGUAAAAAAAACAGAAAACGAAAUACUAUCUUACAUCAACACAUUACACCAUACUUUUUUUAACAACGUUCAAACACUUUAUACAAGUCUGGUAAGUUAGCCAACUGUAUCAUGGUUCUGUCAUUUUCUGUACAUGAAGGUGGAAGGAGCAUUUGUCUAAUUGCUGGGUAAAUCACAUGCUCCACUGACCACGUCCAGUUAUGUUUAAUUUUUGAUUUAUCAGCUUCGGUUUCCUGGAAACAGUGCAUUAUAUGAUUAGAUUACAUACAGAAGUAUUUGAGUUACUUGAACUAUUGACACCAAGACAGGCUUUCAUGUUUUCCCCUGACAGCUGUUGAAUGGCAAAUCCAUUAUGAAUAAAUACAAUAAAACUAUUUCCAUUAUGAAUAAAUACAAUAAUCUUUUUCAAUCCUUUAUAUUAACUUCACUUUUGUUUGUUGAAGGCAAAAUCUUCGGAUGGCUAAUUGACCCACUUUCCAUCUAAGUUAUUGUACUUAAACUUGGCACAUGGACUUGUUGCCAAUGAUAAAACAUUCUUUCAAAUUUUCAGCCCUAACCCCCAAAAACAUUUUUUCCUGUUUUUCAUGGGGAAGAUUAAGGAAAUAUACAACUGAUUUCACAAAAUAAAAUUCCAGAUAACUGCACUUAAUGAGAUUCUUUAUAAAAAACUAUUGCAAGUGCCUUUAGUGCGUAAUAUUUCAUUUUCUGAAAUAGCUGGUGAAAUAAAUCUGCGGUAUAAAUUCAGGUGGGUCUUUAGAAUAUUAAUAUAGUUCAGGUGCAUGAAAAAAAUGUGCUGUUGUGGAAGCACUAAUUUGGAUUCUUAUAUUAUAAAUUGCGUUACUUCUAUGCAUGUUUUGUCAAAUUUUCAACCCCGACCCCAUUGCUCGAUAUGAAAUUUUAGAAAGGAUUUAUACAAAAAACUUUGUUUUUAGGGGUUGCUAAAGUUUAAUUAAAAAUAAAAAUAGAUAUUUGGUGUUAUGGUUAAGUCUUACUUAUUUGUUAAAUAUGCUGUUUUUUUGUGUGUGAAUCACUGUGAAUAGUAUAAUCUGCUGCACCAAGAUGACUCGGUAUAUCUGAGUUUAGCAGAUCAUUAAAAUUAUGAUCAGUAUGGUUUUUCUGAACUUAGGUUUGAACAAUGAAUUUUCUCUCCUAACCUUUGGCUUUUACUGGUUGCAGACAGAUAGGUUACAUUGAAACUAUUUGACUAUGCAUAUCUAAAUAUUUUACUUUGUAUG